AUGAAUAGCAACUUUUACUCUGAAAUUACUUCAAAAAGAGUUAAAGAAAGAAGCAUAGGAGAUGCUUACUAUAGAGUACAAUAGUGGAGAUAUAUCUUUAGAAAUGGAAUUUAAGAAAAUGGAAUUUUAAAAAAGGUUACUUUAAAAGAGGCAGCUGAUUUAGUGAAAGUACCCAAAAAGACUUUAGAGGAUUAUAUUUAAAUCUUUAACAAAGCUCAAUUACUAAUCAAUAUAAAGGAGAUUAGUGAGAAAAAGAUGGGAUAUCUAAGAUCUUAUAUGAAAAAAAAUAAAUCGAAAAUUAAGAAGGCUAUAAUUCUUAAUAAGUAAAGAUAAAGUGAAGAAGGUUUUUAAAAGUAAGAUUAAGAGAGUUACGAAAAUGCUUAGAAAAAUAAGAUAGAAGAUGAAUAAUUAACAUAUAUAAACUCUUUUAAUCUAUCUGAAAAUAGUGAAUGUUAAAAGGAUAGUCUUUAAUAAGAGGAUGAUUGGGAAUACAGUAUUUAAUUUUUCAAUAAGAUUUCAAACAAUCCUCAUUUUGAUUGA